AUGGCUUUUUGGCGGUGUAGUGUGAUUGUAGCACACUUUGUGACAGUGAGGCUGAGCAGUGAGGGAGAUGAUAAAACAAACAAAUUCAAAAACCAGAAAGCGCAGAUCAAGCGGUGCAAGCUGUGGAGAAGAACGGACAAACUUGCCAAAGGAUGGAGUUUUGGAUCAGUCGGUACAGACGUGCUUCACCAACUGUGGCGCAAGGAUACUAGAAGGGACGUAUGGCUACGAUUACUGGACAAUUUUGAAGAAGAGGAAAAAGACGACGAGACUGUUCUCCACGUAACCGUUUUGAAAGGAAAAUCGAACAAUUUGGUGAACAAGUCGGUGGAUAUAAUGCGACGAGAGGUGCUACACCCCAAGGAUUCCAAGGGGAAAAUUGCCUUACACUAUAAUGCCUUUGUUGGAAAUACAACAACACCUGCUUUGGUUAACAGAAAUCCAAAUUUGCUAGAUAUUUUGUCUGAUGACAACCGGUUGUCGGUGCACACAACAACCAUGAAUUGCCAUAAGAAAACUCUACAUUGUUUUAUAGCUGAGCCUGAGACCAACUUCCGGCAUGACCCUUUUAAAUCUGAGAGCCAACAAGGCGUCAUUUUCUUGAAUGAAAUAAUAGCUUCUACAUAUGUUGAUAUUGCUGCGUAUUUGGCUCACAAGUUCCCAAAUUUGACUCAAAGAGUAGAUGACGAUGGUGAUUCUGCAUUAUCAAUCAUUGCUCAAACUAGCACCUUAUUCCCAAGGACAGACGCUUUCACCUGGUGGCAGAAGUUUUUUUACCAUCUGCCUAACGCGAAGGAGAUGAGGGAGAAGAAAUCAAUGCGUGCACAAGCACUACAACUUGCAAAGCACUUGUGCUACCAAAUAGCGACUUUGCAUGAAAAUGAGGCUUUAAAGAUAUUUGAGAAAUCUAUACAUCUUGCGGCAAUCUAUGGGAUUAGUGAGCUUGUGGAGAUGAUAGACAAAUAUCAUUUGGCAAUUUAUUAUAGAGAUUCUGACACGGACAAGGAUGUGUUUUCACUAGCAAUGGCCUAUCGCUUUGAGAAUGAUAUAUACGUUGUAUAUAAUAUGAAUGAAUGCAGAUAUAUGUUUUGCAGCUCCACAUACCAUCAUGACAACAAUUUACUACACAUAUGUGUAAAACUAGCCCCUUAUCGGCUCAAUCUUGUAGCUGGUCUCGCUCCACAGUUGCAGUGCAAAUCGCAGGGGCUGAAGGAGACGGAAUAUUUUGUCCUUGCUUCACGUAGAACAUGGCCCAACCACGAAAAGCAAACUCCACAUAUUUUAUUCACAAAGGAGCACGAAAAGCUAAAAGAAGCCGGAGAGAAGUGGAUGAAAGACACGGCUAAUGCAUGCACCAUCGUGGCAACACUAAUUGCAACAAUCAUGUUCGCUGCAGCUUUAACUAUUCCUGGUGAGAUUGAACCUGCAUCUGGCAAGUCACUUCUCUCAAGCAAACCUUCAUUCAUGUUGUUUGGAGUGUCGAAUGUCAUAUCAUUGUUCACUUCCAUAACUUCUCUACUCUUGUUCCUCUCCAUUCUGACUUCACGUUAUAAUAAGGAGGAUUUUUUGUAUGUUUUACCCAAGAGGUUAAGCUUGGGCCUUCUUAGCCUCUUCGUGUCCAUUACAUUUAUGUUGGUUGCAUUUAGUGCUACGCUCUAUCUGGUUCUUCCAAGACAACGAGAUGUGCAUGAUUUGUGGCGCUUCUCACGGCCUUCGCUUACCAGCUCAAUGCAUCAUUCGUGUUGCUACAAUUCUCACUCCUUAUAG